AUGGGUGGGGCAUGUGGCUCUGCGCCCAGAGUUACUAAUGGUGAGGGGGCUGCUGAUGAGCCCUUGCCUGAAGAUGCAGAGGAGCAGCUCAGUAAUGGUGAUGGCACACUUGAGUUAAGCGGGCGUAAGAUGAGUCAUCUCCCAGGCUCCAUUUGCACCCUUUCUGAACGUUUGCAAAAGUUAUACCUUAGUGGCACAAUGCUAGCUGAGUUACCUGAUGAUCUGUACCAAUUACAUAAUCUGCGCACACUGGCACUUGAUGCAAAUCGACUGCCCGAGCUGCCUGAGGCUGUGUGUUCUUUGCCACACUUGGGCCGACUCUACCUUGGAUCUAACAGGCUUCAGGGGCUACCGCCAUCUUUUGCACAACUCCAGAGUUUAAGGACUUUGUGGAUUGAACGCAAUUAUAUACAUCACUUUCCACGGGUACUGCUGAACAUGCCUGGGCUACGCAGUCUGCAGAUGGGGGACAAUCGACUGAAAGGACUUCCAUGUGACAUGGCUGAGGCCAUGACAGGGCUCAGGGGCCUCUGGCUAUAUGCUAACCGCCUGGAGCGUGUGCCUAAAGUUCUCUUGAGAAUGCAUGGGUUGGAGAUUCUAGAUCUGGAUCGCAACCGCAUUUCUGUCUUCCCAGAUUUGAGUGUGAUGAAGGGAUUGCGUCUAAUGUCUUAUGACCACAAUCCUGUGACAACACCACCAUCAGUGCAAGAGACCGUCACACUGGUGGGGGAGGGUGCCCAGGAGUUUAUGCAGGAACGGGAAGAGCAAAGGAAGCAACAAGAGGAGGAGCAGCUGCUAGAGGAGCAGAAAAGGGCACAAGAGAGCGAGAAUGAAAAAAGUGAAGCAGUGGAGGAGGAAGAGGUAGAUGAGGAGAAAGAAGAGCAGUAUGAGGAGGAAGAAGAAGGAGGAGCAGGAGAAUACCCCACAGAGGACUAUUACCCUGAAGAAGGGGAGGACGAUUACUAUCCAGAAGAAGAAGAAUACUAUUUAGAGGAGGAUGGUUAUUAUCCAAAUGAAGAGGACUAUUACUCCACAAAGAGAUAUUAA